AUUAGCUCAGUCACGAUGCGUCUCUUCCCGGUUGCGGUAGCACUUUUGCUGUCCCAGCUGAUCGCGGCUGACGAAGGCGGUUCGAUCACCAACUCAUUGUUUCGGUGCGGUAUCCGGAAACGAUUCGGUGUUCAGCUGAUUCUUCGGGGUCGUACCGCCGAGCUGGGUCAGUGGCCGUGGCACGCGGCGAUCUACCACGGGUCGAGCUACAAGUGCGGCGGGACGUUGAUUGACCAGCGACAUGUGCUGACGUCGGCGCACUGCGUCGUAAACUCCCAGCGUCGACCGUUGCGCCCGGCGGGGAUCGAGGUUCAGCUGGGGAAGCACGAUCUUCGCGAGAGUUCGCAGGCGGUGAAGGUCAGUGAGGUGCACGUUCACGAGGAGUUUGAACGCAACAGGAACGACAUCGCGUUGCUGGUGCUGAGCAGUACGGUGACGUUUUCGGAGUUGGUGAUACCGAUUUGCUUGGAGGGGAUUCAGGGUGGAGAUGAUCUGGUCAAUCAACGGGGUUGGGUUGUGGGCUGGGGUGAAACGGAGGAUGGAGUUGUUUCGAACCAGCUGAAGACGGCUUCGAUGCCGGUGGUCAGCAACACCGAGUGCGUACAGAAUGAUCCGGAUUUGUUUGGGAGGUUCAUAUCGCCGGGAGUUUUCUGUGCGAGUGAUCGCAAUGGAACCAGUGUGUGUCGCGGAGAUAGCGGUGGAGGAAUGUACAUCUUGGCUGGUGAUCGCUGGGAACUACGCGGGAUCACGUCCUUUGCCGGACUGUCCGAAACGGGCAGUUGCGAUACGAAGAAGUACGUGGUGUUCACGAACGUUGCGCACUUUUAUGGGUGGAUCAAGCGAUUGACCAUGGGUGGUGGAGAGCAGGACGUGGAUGUUCCGAAGAGGAUCAGUGAAAUUAAGUGCCAGGAGUACGCCAAGAUCGCGGAGAAGCAACCUAAUGGAGUUUGCAUGAAUGCGCGGUCGCAGCACACGGUCAUGAUCGUCGACAGCAAGCAGCGUUACGUUCUUAGCGGAAGCAUCAUCAGUGAGAAGUUUGUUCUGACGAAGGCGCCUAGUUUGAAAGAACAAAUCACGAUGGACGUGGAUUGGGAGCGCUUGAAGGUGCGUCUUGGAGGUCAAGCCGACAAUCCAGUUAAGCAGGAGUACCUGCAUCCGGACUACGACGAAAUUUCUCCCAGCAAUUUGAUAAUGCUGCUAGAGUUGACAAAUCCCUUGAAGUUUGCUAGAAGAUUCUUACCGGCUUGUUUGGCAAAUCGAGCUACGGAAAACCUGUACGACACUCUUCUGUUGACCGGAUUUGGAGGUCAAAGUACGACUACUAAAGAGUUCUACGAAAGUGUCGACAGUCGGGUAGUCUCCAAUGAGCAAUGUCAAGGUGCAGCAUCCAAGGAAGAACUCUGCGUCACGGAUCACUACACGGGUGUCCGGAAUGGCAUCGUUGGAGGUCCACUGCAGACGGUCAACACUCGAAACUGCAUGUUUACCCAGAUUGGAGUGGCCAAGGAUCUACAAGGGAACAUCAAAGGAGGCAAUGUGUACUCUCGCGUCACGGCCUACUUGGAUUGGAUCGAGCACGUGGUUUGGGGAGUUCCGUUAGCUGUUGAAAAAGGGGCAAAGCCUACUAUUGCCACAACAACCUGGCGCUAUUCAAAGGAUUUCUACUUUCCCGACAACUAGCGAAAGCAUUUCCUUCAACUAAAAUCUUAAAUACACAUGAGUUUUCCCCCUCAGCAAAAAACCAAAUCCCUCAAAAGUCAGCUGCCAAAGGUCGGCAAGGCAAUGUGCUUAGCCACUUACAACCCCGGAAGUGUCUCUCUCUCUCGUUGUGGUAUUCCCUUGUGGUCCACCCCAUCAGUCCUGUCAGGGAUUGCGGAUUUUUUGCAUACCUUUUACCGUCCCCAGAGCUGCCCUGCCCUGCGCCCCCUCCGGCAGAAAAGGGAUUCCGUUCCAUUCCAUCGAGUCCGCAUCUCGUCUCGUUCGACGCUUCCAGGCAGUGCACAGUUGGGAGGGAAUUCCAUCCAACAAGUCCUUCGUACCAUCACCAUCAUCAUCUGUGUGCGGGAUGCUGGAAAAUGAUGAAGAGCUUGAAGGGGGCAAAAAAACUCCCAGGAAGGUCGCGUGGCGAAAAGGGUUGCCUCCGCAUCCGUCUCAAAUCUCAGUUCGGGGGGAAAUAUGAAAAAUAUUCCAAAUAUGUAUACACAAAUCCUUGUCCGCCCCACAGGAACGACCCUCGUCCUUCUCCGGUUGCAGUUGGAAGAGCAUUUGCGCUCCAUUUCACUCAACGUGCUGCCGUUUGUUGACUGCUGGUUGAAUCUUGGGAGAAGAAGGUACACCUCUUUGUUUUUUUUUGUUCAGGUGGAUGAUAAUAAUAACAAUAAUGAAAUAUAAAAUGAGAAGAAUAUGCACCAAA